ACAACCACCAUUAAUCCAAAUUCAACCUCCUAACGACAUAUACAUACACAAAUCUGUAUCUAUAACAACCUUCACCGUCCGGCCACGAUGGUAUUCAACACGGUGCUACUUGCAUCAGUAGCCACCGUCUCCACCGACGUAUGGCAAUCCAUAGUAUGUUUCUCCGAUCGAAUCUCCACCCAAGAACUGUUCGAUCUUGUGAUUUGUUUUCCUCUUCAUCAGUUUAGUCAGUUUGCAUUAUGUUUGUGGAGUUUCUUCUGUCUUCCGUUUUCGCCUGCUGAUUCGUAUUACUAUUAUUCUUACACUUAUGAUGAUCAUGAAGAUUAUUCGGGUUCGGGUCCGGGUUCAGAUUCGGAUUCGGGUUCGGGUUCGGAUUUAAGUUAUGAUGGUGGUUGUUUUUCUGGUUAUGAUCCGUACUCCGAUGAUCAUUCCGACUGAUUAUUAUUAUUAUUGUUAUUUGUUUUUAUUGUGUAUAGAAUAUUUUAUGUUUUAAUUUUGUGAAGUUUUUUUAAUUUGAAGUACAUGUGAUUUGUUAGUUGACUUUUGUUUACUUUUGUUUUGUUUUGUUUUGUGAUUGAGGCUUUAGAUUCAUUGAAUUGAAGUUUAAACCUAUUGAUGAUUGA